CUCAGACAGUCGCACGCGUGGUUUUGCUCACGCUCUGCGCGUUAAAAGCCAACAACCUCUUACUUAUAAGCCACCUUCGCUGCCCGAACACUUCUGUGCAAUCGCUUUUGCAAAUAAUACACUCAACACUGCUUUGCUCUCCCAGCCGCCAGAGCCGCACACAUCAUGGCAGACGCACCCCCACCCCCCGUGCUGCGCCGCGAGACCACGAGCGUCGAGGAGGACUGCUGCAACGCGCCGGAGCCGCCGCCGUGCACGCCCAUGCAAUGCCGCGCCGCGCGCGCCAAACUCCGGAAGCACAUCUGGGCCUGCGCGCGCGAGCUGCUGAAGAUGCCGGAUUGCUGGGCCAAGCACCAGCUCGAGAGGCGGCCGGCGCAGCGCAUCCGGAGGCACCGCUACGACCCGGAAACGCAGGAGUGGCGCGUCGACGAGUCGUUGAUCAAGAUCGCGGCCGAGCCCUUCGACGAGGGCGCCAUGCGCCAGUGCUACCGUGCGAAGAAGCUGAGCUUUGGCUACGUCCAGCGCUUCCACGCCCUCGACUGGAAAAAGGCGCAAAACUUCGUCGUAAAAAGCUACAAGACCGAGGGCGACGCGGCGCGGGCCUUCGACGACGUCCGGCUGCAGGCCGAGGCGUCGUUGUAUGCGGACAAGUAAGGGAUGCGGCGCGGAACUGAACUUCAGCGUGACGUGCUCUCGCGUCGACGCCGUUCAAGCCAGAGCGUGUGAAAAAACACAGGUUUAAUGAGCUCGAGCCGCCGAAGCCCAUUCACGUCAUCGCCGCGUGCGUUUUGGAGUUAGUGGACGACCCGACGACGCCGGCGCUGUGCGCUGAACGCUUUAUUGAUGGGGCCGAUCGGUUUGGCCGGGGCUUCGUCAAGCACAACAACAACAGCGGCUUCGUCGACCACGACGAGCACCGGUCGACGCCGCAAGCGUUCAGCAGUGCACAAAUCAAAUCUUCUGGCGCUUCUCGACGCGACACCUGAACUGCGCACAGGCGUUCAGCGCCUACUCGUUCUACGCCUCCGAAGGGGACGUGCUGGUCUGCGACGUCCAGGGCGUCGACGACCUGUACACGGACCCGCAGCUGCAUUCCGUCGACGAGUCGAGGGGCGAAGGUGAUUUGGGCCGGCGGGGGAUGGCUCUUUUUUUUGCCACGGUCGAUGCCGAGGCGACCAAGGGCUUGUUCGAACCAUUGGGCAUCCCGCAGUUCGAGCUGUCGCCAGCAGAAAGGCGCCGCGCGGCGACGCAGGAGGACGAGGAGGAGCCCCAGAAGCGGUCGUCGGUGCGCUUUAGCGGCAUCCCCGACAAGUCCACGCAGUCGCGCCACGACGAAGCCCGGCGCCUCUCGAUCAUGGGGGCGCGGCGCGUCCGAUUGGAGGCGCAGAAGUCCUUGCGGACGCUCUGCAAGUGCGACGAGAUCAAUGCAGAGCUCGAGGACGUGUCGACCGCGGGCGGCGCCACCGCCUGCGCCGCCAGAGCGUUACUAGACGCCAUCGACGAGAGCGCGUCUUCGGCGACGCCGCGGACGUCAUACAAGCUCGAGACGGCCGUCGCCGAGGUCCACGCCGCGCUGGCACGCCUGGAAUGCGAGGCUCGGUGGACGGCGAACCCCGACGUGUAUAGUGCCCUGUUCCACUGCGCCAUCGCGGCGAGGCAUUCGCCCUCGGCGGCCUACGCGCUGGCGCGAUUUCACCGGGGGUUGGAUCAUCCCAUCCUCCCGCUGCCCGUCGAUGCGGCCAAGGAGCUGCGCGACGAGGCGCGCGCGGGGAGUCUACUUCUGAGCGCUGCUGCCGGUGGACACAAUGCGGCCAAGGCGUCGUUCGCCCUCGCGGCCCUCGACGACGCGAGUGCACGAGCCAUCGGUCUCGUCGGCGCGGAUAUCGCGGUGGCGGAGCGCUUCGUCUGCGAGGUCUGGGAGGACCGCGAGGGUGGCGGCGCCGCGGCCGCCGAGACCUUCGCCGUCGGUGAUGUGGUAGAGGCAAAUUAUGGGGGCGAGGGGCAUUGGUAUCCCGGCAGAAUCGCGUCGUUCGACUCCGGGAGUUACGAGAUCGCGUAUGACGACGGGGAGAGCGAGUCUGGUGUCUCGACGGCCAACGUGCGGCGCGCCUCGGAUGUCUCGGAGGACGACGCCACGGCGGCGACGGCGGAGCCCGCGAAGGAGGACGACGACAGCGCCCUGCCGAUGCCGCUGCACGAGCUCUUCGCAGCCGUCGCCGCGGCCUACGCUUCAUCGAACGCGGCGAAGGCGACCACGCUCUACGAGAAGGCCGCGGCGAUCGCGCUCAAGGGCGGGAGCGCGAGCGCGGGCGUCUACCUCUCUAAGGCCGCGGCGCUCGAGUAAGACUCUAUGUGUGA